AUGUUUGGUGACUGGGGCCAUGGCAUAUGCCUAUUACUGGCGGCUUUGUAUCUGGUAGUCAGAGAGAAAAAAUUUUCCAGUCAGAAACUUGGAGACAUAAUGGAAAUGGCUUUCGGUGGACGUUAUAUUAUUAUGAUGAUGGCACUCUUCUCAAUCUAUACUGGGUUGAUAUAUAAUGAAUUCUUCUCUGUUCCAUUUGAAUUAUUUGGAUCAUCUGCCUAUGAAUGUCGUGAUCCUUCAUGCAGGGAUGCUUCUACAACAGGUUUAAUAAAAGUGCGUGACACUUAUCCAUUUGGAGUGGAUCCUAAAUGGCAUGGUACUCGGAGUGAACUCCCAUUUCUUAAUUCUUUGAAGAUGAAGAUGUCAAUUCUGCUGGGGGUAUCCCAGAUGAAUCUUGGAAUCAUAAUGAGUUACUAUAAUGCAAAAUACUUCAAAAACAAUAUAAAUAUCUGGUACCAGUUCGUUCCCCAGAUGAUAUUCUUAAAUAGCUUGUUUGGCUACCUUUCACUCCUCAUAGUUGUAAAAUGGUGCAGUGGGUCACAGGCUGACCUGUAUCAUUUGGUUAUAUACAUGUUCCUAAGCCCAACUGAUGAUUUAGGUGAAAACCAGCUUUUUGUUGGUCAAAAAUUCCUUCAACUUGUGUUAUUGCUGUUGGCACUUGUUGCUGUACCAUGGAUGCUAGUACCAAAGCCCUUUCUACUGAAGAAGCAACAUAAAGAAAGGCAUCAAGGUCAAUCUUACUCUUUGCUUUACAGCACGGAUGAUCCUAGCGAAUCACAGUCGCAAAGUGUUCCCUGUGACCAUGAUGAGUUUGACUUCAGCGAGGUUUUUGUCCACCAACUUAUACAUACAAUCGAAUUUGUGCUCGGAGCUGUGUCUAAUACAGCUUCGUAUCUACGUUUGUGGGCCCUCAGCUUAGCUCAUUCGGAGCUGUCAAGUGUUUUCUAUGACAAAGUUCUGCUCCUGGCCUGGGGGUACAAUAACACUAUUGUCCUCAUUAUUGGCAUUUUUGUUUUUAUCUGUGCAACUGUUGGUGUGUUACUGUUAAUGGAAACUCUAAGUGCUUUCUUGCAUGCUUUGAGACUUCACUGGGUAGAGUUCCAGAACAAGUUUUACGAGGGAGAUGGUUACAAGUUCUUGCCGUUUUCAUUUACAUUACUCACGGAUGAGGAUGAGCUGUAA